AAAAGAAAAAUGCCUUAAAGUCAAACUUGGUAAUUUAAAACAGUCAUUGGAAAACCAGUGGAUUAUAUAAUAGCAGUUGUUUGGGCUUCUUAUAUACAGUGUGUGGGAGUAAUCUCCUUGAAGAGCAACUAAACAAUUCUAAUAACCGUUGAUCAGAGCUGCCCAUCAUCUUGCAAAAAUUAUGGCUUACUCCUCCAGACCGGUUUCUCCUCUGGGAUUAUUGGUCAGUGUCUCCAUGGGAUCUACUGUACCUCCUUUUGGUGCUUCCACAUUGGAUCUGGACCUUGGAUUGGCCACAAAACAAUUCUUUAGUGGGCCAAAGGCUGCUUACAAGCUAACUUUCUGAUGAUCGUUAAUGGAGAAACAGAUGCUUUUUCACAUUUACUCAAGAUUCUAUGUUCCCCCUGAGUGAGGCUGAAGAGAAACAAAAUUAAACCAAACAAACUGUAAUAGUACCAUGUCAAUAAUUCCAUUUCAGUUUCCUUUUUUCCUAAACCCGAUGAUUCUUUUUUGACUGGAAAGCUCAUUUCCUGAUUCAUCUCUCCAAAUAAAGCACACCACAAGAUGUUUCCAAACAGCAGCCAAAUAUUCCUGCGCUUACAGACCUAUCAUAUUUUUGGUUCCACGAUCUAAGAAUUCCAAAUCUCCAAAAAAAACUUCCUCAAAGGGGUUUUUUUUUUUUUUUACAUAAAAGCAUGAUUUAGUACAUGCUACCACUAAAAACGGAGAUCUAUCGCUUUAAAUGGCCUGGGCAGUUUUGUGCAGAUGGAUUAACCACACAAGAAGCACUUGGAAACAAUACAAUAGUGUAUUCUCGCUCACUGUAAUCCUUGAAGGUAUUGCAAGAACUUUCAUAUGACUGCGGAGAAAAGGCUGCUGGAAACACCGCAUCUGAAGGAGGCUUUUGGCCAUCGAUUAAAAAACACAAAUGUCAACUAUAAAUGUCCGAGUCACAACGAUGGAUGCGGAGCUGGAGUUUGCCAUUCUGCCCAGCACUACUGGCAAACAGCUUUUUGACCAGAUAGUGAAAACCAUUGGGCUGCGAGAGACGUGGUUCUUUGGCCUUCAGUACCAAGACAGCAAAGGCUUUUCCACCUGGCUCAAGCUAAACAAGAGGGUGACGGCUCAAGAUGUGAAGAAAACCAAUCCCUUGUUGAUCAAGUUUAGGGCCAGGUUUUACCCCGAGGACGUGGCUGAAGAGCUCAUCCAGGAAGCAACACAGCGCCUCUUUUUCCUCCAGGUGAAGGAGAGUAUCCUAAACGAUGACAUAUACUGUCCACCCGAGACAGCAGUGCUGCUGGCCUCCUAUGCAGUUCAGGUCAAGCAUGGGGACUACAGGAAAGAUUAUCACGUCCAGGGAUAUCUCGCAAAGGAGAGGCUGCUGCCACAGAGGGUUUUGGAGCAGCACAAGCUCAAUAAGACUCAGUGGGAGGAAAGAAUCCAGAAGUGGCAUGAAGAGCACAAAGGAAUGUUGAGGGAGGACGCUAUGUUGGAGUAUCUGAAGAUAGCCCAAGACUUGGAGAUGUACGGUGUAAACUACUUCAACAUUAAGAACAAAAAAGGGUCAGAGCUGUGGCUCGGAGUGGACGCUUUGGGUCUGAACAUUUAUGACAAAAAGGACAAGAUGACCCCAAAAAUCGGUUUCCCCUGGAGUGAGAUCCGAAACAUUUCCUUCAACGACAAGAAGUUUGUCAUCAAACCAAUUGACAAGAAAGCUCCGGAUUUUGUUUUCUACGUACCCCGUCUUCGUAUCAACAAGCGCAUCCUGGCAUUGUGCAUGGGAAAUCACGACCUGUACAUGCGCAGACGUAAACCCGACACCAUCGAGGUCCAGCAGAUGAAGGCCCAAGCCCGGGAGGAGAAGACCAAGAGGCAAAAGGAAAGGGCUCUUCUUGAGAGUGAGAAAAAAAAGCGAGAAAAUGCUGAGAAGGAAACGGAGAAGAUUGCCCGUGAGACCAUGGAGCUGAUGGAGAGACUGAGGCAGAUUGAAGAGCAGACAAAGCGAGCUCAAGAUGAGCUGGAAGAGCAGACUCGCAGAGCACUUGAGUCAGAGAAGGAGAGAAAAAUUGCUCAAGAGGAGGCCGAACGUCUGGACAAGGACCGCAGAGCCGCAGUUGAGGCUAAAGAAAGCCUUUUGCACAAUUCUGAAACCCAGAUCAAGAACCAAGAGAGCCUGGCCACUGAGCUGGCAGAGCUUACCUCUAAAAUCUCCCAGCUGGAAGAAGCCAAGAAGAAAAAGGACGAGGAGGCGAAGAGAUGGCAGAAAAGGGCGAUGAUGGUAGAGGCUGAUUUGGAGCGAACCAAAGAAGAGCUGAAGACUAAACUAAUGGGUGUCCACAUCCAGAAUUCAGUCCAUCCUCACAUGCAUGAGCACGACGAGACGGAUGAGAGCAGCGCAGAGGCGAGCGCUGAGCUGACGUCUCCAGGCAUGGUCCGAGACCGCAGCGAGGAGGAGAGAGUCACAGAAACACAGAAGAACCAGCGGCUGCAGAAAAACCUGAAGUUCCUGAGCACCGAGCUGGCCAGAGCCGUGGACGAGAGCAAAAAGACCCCCAAUGACCUGAUCCACGCCGAGAAUGUGAAGCAAGGCCGUGACAAAUACAAGACCCUUCGCCAGAUUCGCCAAGGCAACACUAAACAGCGUAUCGAUGAGUUUGAGUCCAUGUGAGACCCAAAAAACUCCCCUUCUGAAAGAAAAAGACGAGUUGUAUUAGUAGAGAAAUAUAUGCAAAUGAUGACGUAAGCAAUCAAUCUGAAUAAUUACUUUAGCUGUAGUAUCAUUAUGUGGGUUGGCUGUUUUUGAUUUUACUAUUAUGGAGGUGCCAUGAAAAACUGCCAAUAGAAAUAAAAUUAAUAGUGGCCUUCUUUUCUGCAGUUCAUCAUCACUGUUUAAAAGCAGAAACACAUAUUCACAAGCAAUCAUUAUCCUAAUAAAGCACUUAAAUUUGAAAUAUUUUUUUUAAAAUCCUGUUUAAGCUUAUGUGAAAGAAAGGUCCUUUCAGUGUUGAGAAAACAACAAAUAAAGUCCAGUUCAAGCUCUUAAUCCAAUCUUAUUACAACGAGUUUCAAUUCUUUUUAAUUGAGUUUAGUCUAUUUCCACCAACCUUUUUGUGGUUUUGUUCACGCAAUGCUGAAAAUAACCUAUAACCCAACAGACUGCAGCUUAACCUAGCUUCAGUUAAAGCCUGUGUCCUGAGCAGGAUGCCGUAAAGAGGAAUUACUCUCCUUUAAGAGGAGGAGGACCUACGUGCCCCACAAGCCUGGGGUCAGCAGGGUCACAGAGUGAUUGCAAUAAUAGCACACAUUAAAUAUAAAGACGGCACAGGAAGAGGAUGAAGCUCCUUUUUUGCAUUCAGCAGCAUGCCAUUCUGGAAUACAUAUAAGGAAGCAAUCAGCUUGCUAAUCUACUGAUUAGAAAUGAAAAGUAAAACCUUGACUACAUUAUGGAAAAUGUCACUUUUAAUGGAUCUUAAAAUUUCUACAUUUUAGCCUCAAUUUCAGACAAUUAGGGGAUACAAAAAAAGCCACUCUUCUAAUCCUCAUCAGGACUUCGAAGCAUUUUUAUUCAAAUGAGAGCUUUUUGGUGUUUAAAUGACUCAGCAGUGAAUCAUCUUAUCCACCACUUCAUGGAAUUAUGACAUCUUACUGGAAAAAAUAUUUGACUU